CAGACAGACAGACAGGCGUCAAGGCAGACAGACAGACGUCAAGACAGACAGACAGACAGACAGACAGAGAGACAGACAGGCGCCAAGGCAAACAGACAGACAGACAGACAGACAGACAGACAGACAGGCGUCAAGGCAGACAGACAGACAGACAGACAGACAGACAGACAGGCGUCAAGGCAGACAGACAGACAGGCAGCUAUGGAGCCUGGGGAGCAGCAGAGGCGUUGGUUCUUCCACAGGUGCAGGACCUCUGGAGACAUGAAGGGAGUUAGUAUCCUGGUGGCGCUCCUGCUCGGUGCUUGGGGGGCUCAGGCCCUGGAGAUGUCGGUUGGCAAGGUGACGACCAUCGAGGCGUUGUACGGUAGCUCGGUCCAGCUGCCCUGUUCCUACACCAGCUGUGACGACAUUGAAAACGUGGUUUUCUAUUGGGGCUUCAACGACAGCUAUAGUAACCUAAUGCGAUGCCUGAUCUCAAGACAGGGUGCAGAUCCCGAUGUUGAUAUUUAUUAUAUGUAUCGGGACCGUGUGGAGUUUGUAGGCAACCCCAACUACAAUGACCUGUCCAUCAUGAUCCAUAACCUCACCUUUGAAGACGCAGGAGAUUACGUCUGCUCAGGCACCAAGGAGGACAGAAGACAGCGCUACACCUAUCACAGUGCCACAGUCACCCUCAACGUGGUGGACGAACUGAACCUGAACCUGACUGUCAUCAUAAUGUCGGUGGUGGGAGCCGUCAUUGGAAUCCUUGCCUUAAUCAAGGGCAUCAAAUCACUUGUCACCCGCUUUAUCCUGGACGAGAACAAAGUCCCGCUGGUCAGUUCUACUGGAAAUGACAACACAGCGGACGAUCUCUCCGGUUCAAAAGCAGACGAUAAGCCCGAAGCACAGGCAUGAGAUGAGAUGAGAUGAGAUGAGAUGAGAAGA